AUGGCCGCAGACAAGCUCCCCUUCAAGCUGCUAGUUGUUAGCGGAAAUCACAAUUUGGCCAAUGAAAAUAAAGUCCAGCGUCUGUUUGACAGAGUCCGAGACCACGUUGUCUUCGCUGGAGUUCGCACCGGGUCCGCAUUGUCCCGUGCGUAUCCAUCUGCGGAUCUGUUUCUUCAUUGCUCUAUCACAGAAAAUUUUAGACUGGUGGUCCUCGAGGCCAUGACCAGUGGUAUCCCAAUAAUCGCGCGAGAUCAGGGCGGGCCCUGCGAUUUUGUGCUUCACGGACGGACUGCCUAUCUGAUUCUGCCGCGCGAUGGAGAGUGUUAA